CCGCGGUUAUGAGAGUGUUUAUUCACAAUGAAUGUGCAAGCUUAACUGAGCAGAUUUACAAUAGUUGUGAUCAUAGCAAUUCCGAGCAGCGCAUCUAUUUAGUUUAACCUCCCAGGCAUUCUGUACUUUCCUGCAGGUGUUGUGUAUCCUCCUGCUUGUAGUUCUGUUUCGGUUGGCGUGCACUUUUUUUACGCAGGUGAUAGGCCUACUUUGCAUCAGUUCAUUAGAUUAGGAAAUACAUUCGUCGUCUUGGAAUUGUGCAUCUGAUUUCAUGAAAAUAACAAUGUGUUGACUACUAUUCAUCGCUAUGGACCUGAAUUUCAUGGAUUAAUUAAUGUUAAGAAAUCAAUCAUCAAUGAGUGAAGCAUUGAGGCUGCUGGUUGUUAGAUGCACUGAGAUAUAAGACAAUCGGUGCUUUACAUACUGUAUUUUAGCAUUUAUUGUUCCUCCGUAGGCCUACUUACCCACUUUACAGAAGAAUAAGAUGUUCAUCGUUGUCCGAUUUGGUGAUAACAAGAGUGAGCUUUUCAAUCCGAAUUGCAAAAACCACAUUCUAUUGGACAACAUCAAGCAGAGGUGUUGUUGUGAAGAUGAAGAUAAAAUCGAUUUAUCGGACGAAACAGGAACUGUGAUCCACUUAUCGCAACACCCAUACGAUUAUGGAAAGUCGUACCUGGCAGAGAGGGGGUCAUUUAUUCUUGUCAAAUUAGAGAAAGAAACAAUCGAAAACGGAGAAGUAAAAGAAGAGCGAACUUUCUAUGUGCCAGAUUUGCAAGAUAAGAAAAAUGAUGCUGCAUACCUAGCUCGACUGAAUCCACGUCCGAAGUCGAAGUUAAUAAAACCAAAACGAAACGUAGAAAAGAGCGAGUCGCCAAGGACACGGGCAUCGUUUGGACGACGUAGAAACAGCCUGUUUAGAAAUUUAGCGCACGCUGCCACGGGGCGACGGUAGCGUCUUCUUUGAACAACAUGAAAAGCCGGUACCAAAUUACGGUUACAACAACAACCUAUUCAAUUUACAAUUUUAAAAAAAAGUUCAGGAAAUUAAGCAAGAUAGAAUUCUAAGAUUAUAGAUAACAAUGGGUUUUACCUGAUCUGUUCAGCUCUUAUUCUUAACAUUUUAUACUAAAAAAUAAGCUUACAAAAACCUACAUAAAUAGUUAUAAACGCAUCAUAGAUGGUAUGGUUCUAUUGGAGAAAUUCACUGAAGUGCAUUUCAUAACGAAGAUACAUAGGCCUAUGUCUAUAUAUCUAUGCUUAGUGCAUGGGCGUCGAUCGUUGGGGGCAGGGUGACACGUCCCCUCUCUUUUCAAAGUAGGGGAACAUCAUAUCAGUUGUCCCCCCCCCCUACUUUUCACCAAUCUUCUAUAAUUUAAACCCCACUUUUCAAAGCGAAUGGAAAGAAUAACAAUUAUGCAUGACUGUCAUGAAUUUUGUCUGUUCCAAAACCGAGUAAAAACGCAUUUGUUUGUACAUUUCGUAACCAUCUCAGUGACCACUACGUCGAUUUAUGGGUGCAACGGUUAUCAGAGGCUAAAUGUAUUGUGAAAACGAUGUAGGCUUCUGUACGUUGUUAAGAUUGGAAGCGUGUAAAUUUAUUAGGCCAAUACCUUUACAAACGUAACAAUUUAUUACAUACAGAUUACUGUUUUUCAUAAUUUCAAAAAAAUUAUAGUUAGUCAAUUGAAUUUUAUAGCCGUUAUUAAACAAUAAUUAUAUAGCCUUUGACACGGACAGGUCUA